AUGUUCUCCAUGAAGGCACACAUGCAAAAGGAAACAGAGAAGCCGCCUGCGAGACUCCCCGAAUCCUACUUCACAGGCCAUCCCCGCAGGCCCCUAAAUGCACCAGAGGAACAUCCUCUACAUAACAAAGAUCAGAAUGAUACUGUGACACUAACAGCAUCGUAUUCUCCGCCCCGCCCCGGCCCGGUCUUCGACCUCAUCGACUGUGUCCAGCUCACCCCUCCCUACGAAUGCCCCCCAUGCAUGUUCGGCCUGAUCAAAGAUAUGUAUUACAGCGAAGGACUGAAACGCUGGAUGUAUCUUUUCUUCGACGGGAAUCAGCAAAUGGAGCUGGGAUGGGUUGAGGAAAGCUGGUUAAGGCCCCGUUAUCAAGAGAAGAUGCCAAAGACAAACAGCCCAGGAGCGAGCUCGCCCGUUAUGCAAACCCCCAGCAAACGCACUAGCUCGCCCACCGGCGACCCCUCCGCACAACUGAUCAGCGAACUCAGGGCCAGCGUCGAAAAACCAAAGAGCGAGCCCAAAGACAGCAUCAUCCGAACACCCAAGAGCCGCGGCACCAACGUGCACAGCGGCCUCGCGGGAAUUUCGGUCACCAAUGCCAUGAUGCGAGAAGAAUCACCACCAACAGAUGCCGCGAUGGGCAGUAGGCACCACCCCUGGCUGCAUUUGACUUCUUACGAGCUCUUGACUCUCCGAAAGCGCAUGAAGAAGAACGCGAUCUGGAAACCCAGCGAGACUAUGGUCGCGGCUGAACUCAUCGAUCUCGGGCGCGGAUUUGAUAACUAUCUCGCCGCGAAAAAGCAAGCCGAAGCAGAGGGGACAGAGUUCGUUGAUGAGGCCAACAUUGCGUCAACAAAGCCUGAGCUGUUUAUUAAUCCCACCACGCCCGGUGGAAGGCCAAUCAAUAGGGGCAUGGUGCUUAAUGCGGCGAAGAAGCGGAAGAGGGAGGGGUUGUCUGAGCUGGUCGACGAUCAGAAAGAAAGUCUAAGCAAGAAGGUCUUGCAAUCUUUCUAA